UUUGUCGAGCCGCCUUUUCUUCGCGCGCCGCUCACGCUGUCUCAGCGCGCACAACUUUUGAGAAAUAUUAACCAUGGACCAAAAUAAACUUCUUACGUAUAAAUUAUUGGAGCUGCGUGAUAAGACUGGGUAUGAUAUAGUUCAGGAAAAUGGACAAAGGAAGUUCGGCCCGCCUCCGGAAUGGACGGGCCCGCCGCCUCCAAAAGGAUGCGAGGUUUUCGUCGGCAAACUCCCUAGGCAGAUCUUCGAAGACGAGCUGGUGCCUAUCUUCGCGAGGCUCGGGAAGAUCUACGAAAUGCGGCUCAUGAUGGACUUCAGCGGCUCCAACCGAGGGUACGCCUUCGUGACGUACACCAGGCGCGAAGACGCGGCCGCCGCCAUCAGAGAGCUGAACGGAUACGAGAUCAGACCAGGCCGGCACAUCGGUGUAGUGAAGUCCGUGGACAACUGCCGACUCUUCAUCGGCGGUAUCCCUCAAACGAAGACGAAGGAAGAAGUUUACGAAGAGCUUUCGAAGAAGGUGAAUGGGAUAGUCGACGUGAUCUUGUAUAAGAACUGCUUCGAUAGGAAGAAGAAUAGAGGGUUCGCAUUCGUGGAGUUUUCGUCGCACCGCGCGGCGGCGAUGGCGCGCCGAGCGCUGGUGCCGGGCUGCGUGAAGCUCUGGGACCAGGACGUGAUGCUGGACUGGGCGGAGCCGGAGCCCGACGUUGAUGACGAGCUCAUGAAGAAGGUGAAAGUACUAUACGUACGUAAUUUUCUAAUCAGUACAACUCCCGAUACCAUACAAAAUCUGUUCGAAACUACCAUCAACGCGAAGGUAGAGCGCGUUAAGAAAAUGUAUGACUAUGCUUUCAUUCAUUUCUUUGAACGCGAGCAAGCCGAAGUCGCAAUGGCGAAGUUACAAAGAGCUGAAGUUGACGGAAGUACAAUAGAAAUUAAAUGGGCUAAGCCCGUUGACCGAGAGUUGUAUAGAAUUCAGAAAUCGAAUAAAGGCAAUGCGAAGUUUAACCGUAAUAUGGACUUGACACAGACUUUAUUGCUUUAUAAACAGCACUUUGACAAGAGGGAAUAUGAGAAUGGGAAAGAAGAUGAGGGCAUCAGCUCGGAGUGUGCUGCGGACUCUGUUUGCGGGUCACCGGGAGACAGGAUGUCGAGCUACAAAAAUGUGGCGCUCAAGGAUAACUACAUGUGGGCUCCAGCUAAGCUUGAUGCUAUGUGUAAGACAUAUUCCUGGGCCACACCGAGCUACUCCUACCAGCAGUUUGUAGACCCGACCGGAGCAGUGAUGUGGGUGUGCCACAUCGAGCUGCCACAAGUGGGGCUACCGCUGCUGUCUGUGCCGAGCCCCAUGGGACCGUUCGUGACAAGGGCUUGCUUCUCCGCAGCACAGGCUAGGGUGGAGGCUGCAGAGAUUGCACUGCAAUGUAUUAAGACUCUUCACUCCAACGUAGACCGAUCCACUGCAACGCCCAUACCAGUCUACCCUCCCAUAGUGCAGCCUGUACCGACAUACAACGUGCCAUAUGAAUACCCUCUGUACGCCCGACCGCCGCCCAUGGCCGUCCCUAGUCUAUGCCAUAUCUUUGACAACAUGAGGCUGUAGUUAUAAGACGCACAACUAAUUAAGGUUCGAAUUCGUUUAGUAAGUUUCAGUUUUCAAAGUGUGUAAAAUUGCCAUCUUAUUCUGAGAUAAUAAGAUACAGUUUCACUUGAUACACCUUAUGAAAUAUGAACGUUGUUGAAAUGUUUGACUUAGUUUAUUCUAUAGUUGUUAGUAAGACGAGAUAUUUGUUUUGUCUGUUGAUUACCUUUUGAGAGAUCUGGAUUGUUUUUGUUUCCUGACUUUAGACGCGCAAUUGCAGUAUUCGAUUGUUCUUUCAAAAAACUACGUUUUAAAUAGAUGAGAAAAGUAAAAACAAAAUGUGGUUAUUUUGUAUUCUGCUUUUAAACUUUCGUGUAUUUAAAAUAGUAGUUUAAACUUUCCUUGCCUUUUCUAACCAUGUUACUUGACAUUUCAAACCUAGAUUUAAGACUGUUGAUUCAUUAUUGUUACAAAAUGAAGAUAUCUUUACGGGCAUUAUUUACAUAAAAGUAAAGUCGCCGCCUACUACUUACUUGUGCUUAUACCUUAGUAUAUUCAGAGAAAAGUGGUAAUAUAUUUAACAUUAAGUUUAAAGGACUAGUUGCAUAAUAAACAUUUGGAACUAA